AUGGAGACCACGACAGCAGAAACACCCAAGCUCGAGCGUCGGAGCUCAGCACCAGUAAAGCGGAGAGUUCCACGGCACAUUCAGAAGCAGAGAGAAGAGGCUGCUGCUGCUGGUAGCCCGCAAACCCCUAAUGGCAUUUCUAGUUAUUACGAGAGGCCUGGUGUCAUGGCCGAGAUGGAUGAAGAUGUUUGGUCGCAAUCAGAAGCGACGCCAGUCGUACAGCACUUUCCAGCUGGUAAAGGUGGUCUACCUGCGGGCGAUUGGCAAGCUCUGAACCCUGGCACAACAUUCGAUCCACCUGUCAACCACAUGAUGAUCGAUCCAUUACUCCUUGGUUCAAACGCUGCGUACCCGACGAUGCACGCCGAGAUGCCUCGCGAAGAGCUCAUGUAUGCCAUGAAUGGCAUGCAUCUCAUCCCCGGCCCUAACGGAACACCGGUUUCGAUCCCCCCUGAGUACGCCAACAUGGCCUACCCAAUGCAGUACCAGCAAGCUGGAAGGCAAUCAUCACCCCGUAGUUAUGGUUCCGUCGACACAGGAUCGCCACAAUCGGGAGUUAGCGUAAACUCUUCGCAAAACGCCCCUGCCAUAGCCGCCUGUAGAUACCCAGUCUUGGGACCACUGCUUCCCCAUCUAGGACCAAUACUGAAUGUCACCACCGCAUGCGACCUGCUCGAAUUCUACUUCCAAAGUUCCUCGUCGGUAUUUAUGGAACCAGUUUCACCGUAUAUUCUGGGGUCUGUCUUUAGGAAGCGAAGUUUUCUACGACAACACAAGCCGAGAAAAUGUAGUCCCGCUCUGCUUUCGAGUAUGCUUUGGGUCGCUGCGCAGACCAGCGAAGCAAGCUACCUGACCUCAUCGCCGUCUGCAAGAGCUAUUAUCAGCCAGAAGUUGUGGAAACUGACUGUGGAUCUACUCAAACCCCUCGUUCAUUCUCCAUCCUCGCAUGGGUUCGCACCAGGACCUGGACUGACAUCCGCCGCACACGACGCCUUUGGAGUUGAUCGAGCGAUAGGACGCUACGAUGGAAGACCUGACGGUGCCAUGCCACCCACAAGUACAUUGGACGAUGUCGCCACGUAUAUCAAUCUUGGCGUAGUCACUUCUGCAAGCGAGUACAAGGCGGCUUCCCUACGGUGGUGGAACGCGGCGUGGUCGCUAGCCCGAGAGCUCAAAUUAGGCCGAGAAUUACCACAAGGACCUGUUAAAGAGCGAGAGACAACCGCAACAGAUGGGGAGAUAGAAGUGAGCAUGUCGGAUGGCUCUAGUGCGCAAGCGCCUGUGGGCACCCCAGCCGCAGCAGUCGUGGAGGAAAUGAAAGAGGAGAGGCGUCGACUGUGGUGGUUACUUUACAUGGUCGAUAGGCACCUUGGACUAUGUUACAACCGACCCUUGGCCAUGCUUGAUAACGAAUGCGAGGAUCUGUUUCAGCCAGUUCCGGACACGCUCUGGCAAGCGGGCGAAUUCUAUACAGGCCAUCCUGGAGCGCGAAAACGGGGACUCAACUUCGAGUGUACAUCGCAUGAUAUAUUCGGUUUCUUUCUGCCAUUAAUGACAAUUCUUGGAGACAUUGUCGAUCUAAACGCCCAGAAAAAUCACCCCAGAUUCGGUCAGCGGACAUCCUGGGAGCUUCACGAAGCAGAAAUCACCCGCCAGUUGGAGCGGUACGCGUACAGCAUCGAAGACUUCAAGGCACAACACGGCUGCGGCUCGAACGAGGAAGCUCAAUCGAACAGUACACCCGACCCAGUCCGCAGCGAAUGGAUUCACCAGACCAGGAAAGUCGCAGCCUAUGCUACUCAUAUAAUGCAUGUGUUGCAUAUCCUGUUGCACGGCAAAUGGGAUCCCGUGGCACUUCUGGAGGAUGACAAUAUGUGGAUAUGCUCACAGUCCUUCCUUGCGGCAACAUCCAACGCGAUAUCGGCUGCCCACGCUGUGGAGGUAAUAUUAGACGUGGAUCCGGAUUUGUCGUUUAUGCCCUACUUGUUCGGCAUGUAUCUCUUGCAAGGAAGCCUUAUCCUGCUUCUCUUAGCCGACAAGUUGUCUACUGAGACUAACGACGGGGUCAUUCGCGCAUGCGAAACGAUUGUUAGGGCGCACGAGGCUGCGGUCGUAACUCUCAAUACGGAGUAUCAGAAACUUCCGCAAAGUGAUGAUUUCAACAUUAGCGCAAAUCAAAGGCCACGGGCACGCAAGAGAGAUGACGCCUGCGAAGAGGCGAGAAGUAUUAUCCUUAUACCGCUGGACGAGUUUGGGGAAUGGGCUGGCUAUCUAAGUGAAUUGGAGGACAUUUAG